GUAAAGAGACAAGCCGCGAGGGAUUGCCAAGCUGUACGCUACCAGGUAGGUACACACCCAAUCAAGCAGGUCGCAAUACGCUGCUCCGCGAGCCCGAUAGAAUGGAGCCAUACGGCGUCAACAAUUGUAUGGGAUUGUGCCGCCUGCAAUCCCCGCCUACCAGGUUCUGUACGAGGCAAUUGGGAGAGCCGUAUGCAUCCAUAUUUAAAUCUUGGAACACCCCCUCUGAAAGCUUCUUCGCAUCGAGCUUCGGGCGACUAGUCUACCAUUGAAAUAAACUAUGUGGAAGUCAAUCGUAGUAUUAGCAGUGUUUGCCGCCGCGACCGCCAAUGCUGCUGUGCUCGACCCGCGUAAUAACCUCGUGGAGUCGGAGAAGCUUCGUAGGCGCAUCAAUGUCGAUGCCUUGGAAGAGAAAGCCCAGCUCUUCGAGCGGUUCGCAUACGACUCCCCGGAUAAGAAUCGCGUUAUUGGGAGUGCAGGACAUGAUGCUACAGUCAAAUACAUCACCGACAUGAUAAAGAAAUUCCCGCACUACUAUACGGUCACACAACAACCUAUGCCCUUAUCAGUAGGCAUCUCCGCCAAUCUCACCAUCAACGGCAAGGAAACCGAGGCAUACGCUGUCGGGUUAGCUCCUGGGGGCCAUGCAACUGGAUCUGUCGUUGCUAUACCUAAUCUGGGUUGCAAUGCUACAGAUUUCCCGAACAGCCUCAAUGGCUCAAUUGCACUCAUCUACCGCGGGACAUGCGUCUCCGGUGAGAAAGUGGCUUUCGCAACUGAGAGGGGUGCGGCUGGCGUGCUCAUUUAUAAUAACGUUGAAGGGAAUCUCAACGGCUACUCGCUGCAGCGGAUACCAGCUACGGAGGGCGAAUACGUCCCUACUGCAGGAAUCUCCCAAGCAGCCGGCGAAGGGCUAGUUGCCCUACUCGAAAUUGGCACUGAGGUUAUAGUCGACAUGACAACUACCGCCAAGGACGUCACAAGCUACAACAUCAUAGCACAGACGAAGGGCGGCGACCAAGACAACGUCAUACACAUCGGCGGACAUUCAGACUCGGUCGCCGCUGGGCCUGGCAUCAACGACAAUGGCUCUGGAUCCAUCUCUAUCCUUGAGGUUGCCAUCCAGUUAAUGCGCUUCUCGGUCAACAACGCAGUACGCUUUUCUUGGUGGACAGCUGAGGAAGAAGGACUCCUCGGAUCAGAAUUCUACGUCAAGUCUCUCUCCCAAGCCGAGAAGGACAAGAUCCGUCUAUUUCUUGACUUCGACAUGAUGGCGUCUCCCAACUACGCCUUCCAGAUUUAUGACGGCGAUGGGUCGGCUUUCAACUCCACGGGUCCACCAGGCUCCUCAGAAGCCGAGGCCGAGUUCACCCACUACUUCCGCGACAUCGCCAAGGUGAAUCACACCGAGAUCGAAUUCGACGGUCGCUCCGACUACGGUCCUUUCAUGGAAGCUGGCAUCGCUGCCGGCGGCAUCGCAUGCGGCGCCGAGGGCAUCAAGACCCAGGAGGAGUUCGAAAUGUUUGGAGGCGCUGCUGGGGUCCCUUAUGACGUGAAUUACCACGAGGAUGGCGACACCACGAACAACCUGAACUAUGAAGCUUGGAUUCAGAUGACACGUGCUAUUGCACACGUCACAGCCACGUAUGCGCGGAGCUUUGAUAGUCUACCACCUAAGAACUCCUCGGCGGUAAGAAUGAAGAGAGAUGCGCAGAUGUUCAGGUAUAAGACGUCGAGCCGGUAUCUCAGUAUGAUCUAAGGGCUGGGCAUGAACUAGAUGAGUCUUAUAGAAGCAAUACCGGGUGUAUUCGAACUUCAGUGUUCCAUACGCUUAAUGCGUGGGUAACGCACUACCUCACGCAUGACUUGGUUGAAGAGAGAUUGCAUAGUCCAAGUGAUACAUGGAAAAUGGUUGCUGCCUAGCAGGCCCAGAAUGGAUAUUGCAGGUCUUAGCUUGAGAAGCUACGCCGCAUACGCCCGGCCCCAACAAGAAGAAAGCUUUAAUCCCUGGUUGGCAUCUGGACCAAUUGCGAUCCUCCAAGUCAUUCUGCGCCACGAGUCCCUG